AUGAACACGAAGGAGCUCCCGGACGCAAGAAGAAGUCAAAGGGAAGAGAACGGAGUGAGAGAGGAAAAAGGAAAGAAGAAUCAGAGUGAGCGAGGAAAGAAGAAGAAGGUGACAGAAACAGCAUCGAGGGCUACAACUGGAACUACUGGAAGUGGUGGAUGCAUUGGAUUGCUGAUCAAUGGAGAAGGAUGCAACACGGGCCUGAUCGCCUGCGCGUUCAAAGACCUUCGAAACGAGAAGCCUUCUCUAAAUUUUUGCACUUCUUUCAAGAACAACAUGCAGAAGGUCCGAGCUCCUGACUUUGUCAAGCUGACUCAUGCUCCAGAUAACUUUAUCUGUGCAGCUAAAGUGGUUGUUCCAGAAUUUAACCGAACAAUGAUAAUCACACAAGUUCCCGAUGUCUCUACUCCUGUUAAUAUUGAAGACUUCUGGAGAAUGAUAUUUCAGGAAGAAGUCCACUCAGUUGUUCUCGCUAUCAUACCACUGGAAUGUUCGGUGACCCUCCAGCAGAUGUUUCCAAUUCUAAGUGGAACAUUUGCCAAUCAUGGCAAAAUGUUUCUGAACAACAAGAAAGUUGAUUCAACGGUUGCCAUGACUGCUUACACAUUGGAGAUUCUGCCAGACGAAUGCUCGAAUUCCUUGUUUACCACAGUCUAUCAUCUUCAUAACUGGAAGCAGAAGAGAGGAUUGGAUAAUGUUGGAGACCUGGUUUCUACAGUUGAGAAGGUUCUCAAGACUAAUGAGAACACAGUGAUGAUGAGUAUGAGCGGAAUGGGUCGUGCUGGAACGAUGCUUGCUCUUUUCACUUCAAUGCUUCAUGUUUAA